UGGUGCGCCAGCUGGAGCUGCCGCCCUGCAGACUCGCUGCUCCGCGCUGAGCCGGCCGGGCUGGGCUCGGGCCGGGAAGAUGGCGGCGAGCAGGAGAGUGGGCAAGGAGCUGGAUGACUUGAAGAGGUCUGGGUCCCGCUGCUUGAAGGACAUUGAGGUGGACGACACCAAUGUUCUCCUGUGGAAAGGGCUCCUAGUGCCGGACAAUCCUCCCUACAACAAAGGCGCUUUCCGAAUCGAGAUCAGCUUCCCGGCUGAGUACCCCUUCAAGCCCCCCAAGGUCACCUUCAAAACUAAGAUCUACCACCCCAACGUGGAUGAGAAGGGGCAAGUCUGCCUGCCAAUCAUCAGUGCUGAGAACUGGAAACCCGCCACCAAGACAGAUCAAGUGAUCCAGGCUCUGAUCGCGCUGGUAAACGAGCCGGAGCCGGGCCACCCGCUGCGUGCCGACCUGGCCGAGGAGUUCACCCACAACUACAAGAAGUUCCUGCGCAACGCCGAGGAUCACACCCGCAAAUUCAGCGAGAAGCGGCCCUGCGAGUGACCCUGCUCCUGCUCUGGCACCCUCUGCCGGCUCCUGGUGGGGAAGACUUAGUGUCCCAGGCAGGGGUGGGGCCUAUGCACUUCGUGGGUGGGGCCAAGGUGGCGCCUCCCACCAUCACAUGCUGUCAUGGCGAUGCACCCCAUGGAAUUCUGGGGCAUAUGCCCCACCCCUGCCCGGACUAAGGGGGGACCCAGCACCUCACAGGAACGUGUUGUCACUUGUGGGAGCCCUUCAACCGAGAAGAGGCACUGAAGCCCUGGGGGGGUUGAAGUUGGGUAUUGGGCUUUCCCCUUCCCUUCAUAGAUUGACUCCUUUGCUCACCCUGUCUUCACCGGGGGGCCCCCAGGCCUGCCAGGAGUGGUCGGGCCGAAGGCCACUCCCUGGGCACGGAGCUCUGUGGCAUGACCCCCGUUGCCACUGUUGAUCUUGUUUUGGUUUGUGGCCUGGCACUUUAAAACCUCAGCUGCAAAGACUGGAGCGGGGAGAGAGCAGCUCCUGCCCCCAGCCCAUGCAGACAGGAAGUGAUGGGGGUUGGGGGAUGCCCCCCAGGAGCCCUGCAACUGGGCAGGUGACUGGGCGUGUGUGCGGGGGAGGGGAGGGGGUAUCAGGCUGGAGGGUGAUUCUGGGGUGUAAUAGUGUGAU